GCACCCUGGGGUGAGGCAUUGGGCGCUGGCCCCUUAAGGGCCCCUGAUGAGCUAUAUCGGGCCCACCUGCCUGGGUUCCGGCAGCUUCCGCAGCCCCAGCCGGAGAUGGAAGAUGCAAGAGGUCAUUGCGGGGCUGGAGCGGUUCACCUUCGCCUUCGAGGAGGAUGUCGAGAUGCAGAAGGGCGCUGGGCUCCUGCCUUUCCCGGGCAUGGACAAGUCGGCCUCAGCUGUGUGCAACUUCUUCGCUAAAGGGCUCUGUGAGAAAGGGAAACUCUGCCCCUUCCGACAUGACCGAGGGGAGAAGAUGGUGGUGUGUAAGCACUGGCUCCGGGGGCUGUGCAAGAAGGGUGACCACUGCAAGUUCCUGCACCAGUAUGACAUCACCAGGAUGCCUGAGUGCUACUUCUACUCCAAGUUUGGUGACUGCAGCAACAAGGAGUGUCCCUUCCUCCAUGUGAAGCCAGCUUUCAAGUCCCAGGACUGUCCUUGGUAUGACCAAGGUUUCUGCAAGGACGGUCCUCUGUGUAAAUACCGCCAUGUCCCCAGAAUAAUGUGUCUCAACUAUUUAGUUGGCUUCUGCCCCGAGGGACCCAAGUGCCGAUUUUCUCAGACGAUCAGAAAGGCACUCCUUUUCCUCACCCAUGGCCAGGUGUCUAAUACAAGAGAUGGCGGCGAGGCCAUUCCAGCCAGCAUGCAGGCGUGUGCUGCUGCCCUGUUCCUGCUGUCGGACCUACCUGCUACUCGCUGGGCACUGACUUCAUCAAACAAAUCCCAAUUAGCAUCACAUUCCUUGCUAUAACAGCCUAAAGAGAAACUUUUCCAAGUGCCCGGAACCAGCAACAGAACGCAACAGUCAAACUCCAGCCUCACCUUUUUGUACAGCUCCCAAGAGCCUCAUUAGAGAGAAGUUGGAGGUUGUAAGUCUGGUAGGGGGUUCCAAACUCCUUAUAUGAGUUGAGCUUCUUUCCAACAAAGAAACUAUGGUUCCAAACAGAAGUCACUGUCAUUGUUUACCGAAACGUACCCCCUUCCCCAAUAUCCAGUUCUGAAGGAUCCAGGGCUAAGCCUCAGGAAAAGCAUAUUCUAAACAGGUGAAGUAAAGAUUUCUGCAUUGAACUGCA